UAUAUAACUGUUAUAAUUUACAUACAUAGUAAUCAUUUUUACAAAAUUUUCAAAUUAUACUGAAACAGCAACGACUUCAUGUAAGCCACGUUUCCCUUUCCGUUUCCGUUUCCGUUUCGUUUUCGCUCUCGCACCAAAAACGUCACGCCGGGGAACUGCCAUAGCUACCACCGUAGAUGGACUUCCCUCCCCAAAUCCCCGGCGUAUCUCCUCCCUCUUCAUCCCAAACACUCACGCAUGCGAAACAACAUGACAACAAUGCCGGGCUGGCAAUAGCGACUACCACCACAGACGACGAACACACGAAUUCCAUCUCCAAUUCGAAAGCCCGUUCUCGCAUCCAGCUGUUGUCAGCCCUAUUAACCGGUGAUGAAUACGACACCGGAGACCGGAACCCGAUUUCAUCCCUAACGGACUCCGAUCGACCAGCACGAUCCCUCUUGUCCUCCGGCACCGCAUACAGCGCUGUAUCAUCGUCUCUAACUACCUCACAUGCGUCUGCCGCCGGAAACGGUCCAAUUUGCCACUGGCUGUAUGAUACCUUUCUCUCCGAUGAUUCCGACCUCCGUCUCGUAGUCAUUUCCUUCAUCCCUCUCCUCGCCGGCAUCUAUUUUUCUCGUAUCCACUCUCUCUCCUCGCCUCCUCCAUCAGUUGCUGGAUUAGAAGCUGUUCUCAUUGCUGUAUAUUCAUCGGAAACAAAGUCUCGUGCCGGGAAACCUAUGCUCAUUUCCAUCCCCGAUCUCUCUCAACCGUCUCUCUAUCACUAUCCUAGGGUUGUCAACACCAUACAAAACCCUAGCUCAGCUAAAUCCAACGAUAAUUCGCAAGCUCAGCCUAUUAUCACAGUCGUAUCACCUCCGCUCGAGCCACAAACAGCUAUAAAAUCAACGAAACGCGCUACGAUUGUAGGAGUUGCUUUAGACUGUUAUUACAAGCAGAUCUCUCAAAUGCCAGAGUCGUCGAAACUUGAUUUCUGCAAAUAUGCCACUGAUUGGGCUGGCCAGGAUUGCCCUUGCAAGUCUGAAUUCGACCAAAAACCCCAAACCACCAUAAUUACUGAUACCAUUAGUACAGAAGAAAUAGAAAUCGAGGAGAAUGUUUUGGAACAGAUGAAGAAUUUGCAGAUCAAUGAUGGAUAUUCUAACAAUGUAGCGAGAGCGACUAGAAUUCCACUUCCAUGGGAGCUAUUACAGCCAGUUUUGAGAAUUCUGGGACACUGUUUAUUGUGCCCCUUGAAUUCUAACGAUGUGAAGGAUGCAGCAUCAAUGGCAGUUCAGUGUAUGUAUGCAAGAUCCUGUCAUGAUUUGGUUCCACAGGCAAUAUUAGCAAGUAGGAGCCUGGUUCAGCUUGAUAAGAGAAGUCGUGAAUCUGCUGCUUCCAUGGUGAAUCCAGUAAGUUCAAAUGAUAGCUCGCCCACUGAAUCUAUGAAACCAGAAACCUUUUUGCUCCCAGAAUGAAGACAGAGUAUACUUUUGUUAUCUUUACAGGUUAGUGUUUGAUAUUUGCAUGUACUGUAGAACAAUGCAGUGUAAGUAGUAAAAAUUUUCUAUAAUUUGCGGCUUAAACAAGAUGAGAGUUGAUUUGGCUAAAUAUCUUUUUGAAUCUGAAUCUGCAUUCACUUAGAUUUGAUUCUUGAAUGAUGUUUGCUUUAAUUUGAUGAUAUUCCAUGCUGAUUUUUUCUUGCU